UUACGUGGUGAUAUGAAGGCUGUUCAAACGUUCACCCUUAGCUACUUGAAAUCCACUCUUCCAAGAAUGGGCCUGCGCCUCGAGGUCAUCAUGUACACGAGGAAUGAGAACUGCGCGGUAGACAAGUAUCCCGCAUCGUCCUACCCACAUAGCAUAACCCCAUCGACCUCAACCCAAUCCAACCAUGACGUGGAACGUCCCAUACUGGACGGUGUCGUCGCCCUCAAGUGCCAGACCCGUCCUCACUACCCAGACCAAUUCUCGAAACGACGCCCAAGCGGAGCACCGCACCGAAUGGGAGGAAAUAUCCCCCGUGCUAGUCGACUGCGACGCAGAUGUUGUCAGCCUUGAUGGCAGCAAGACGCAUGAUGAGAUGCAAGUACUGCACCUGUCGAAGCUCCUCGACGAGGCGAAGCAAGAGAACCGCCGGUUUGAGGAGCAGGUGCAGUCCCUGCUCAACCAGUCUAUGACUGAGACAAGCAGCCUUCAGUCCAAGAUCGCAGAGCUCCGCCAGCGGAAUAAGGAGGCUCUUGCUGAGUGCGAACGGACGAAGAAAGAGAAAGAAGAUGUCGUUGCUGCGCUCACGAAGAAGAAUGAUGUCAUCAAGGCAACGCUGCAGCAGCAAAACCAGGAAAUGCGCCAAGCCCUCGAGGACCUGAAUCGCUCCAGCGCUCAAGCUCAAGCUGAACUACUGGAUGCAAGGAACAGCUUGCUAAUGUGCCGUCAGCAGCUCGCGCAAAGCUCCGCCCAACUCGAGUCCUUGCAGAAAGAACAAACUGCAAGGAUGAAUCUGACAGACCGAGUUGCUGUGCUGGAGGCUGAGCUGAAGGCCAAAGAUACAGAGCUAGCUGAGAUGAAGAAGCUCAGCUCCCAGGCUAAGAGUGCAAACGUCGCUAUUUCCCGCGAUGAUUCGACAACCCUUGUGCAGGAAUUCAACAACAUUCGGGCGCUGCUAGCAAAUUGUAUCCCAGAGCGUCUUGGGGGUAUGUUUGGCACUAGUAUGACGUCCUCAAGCAACGAGGUCGUCAGCGCUCUCCGGAAGCUGAACUCCGAUAUCCAUCAAGAUGCCACCAUCAUGGCUGAGUCUAUGGCAGAAUCAUUUGGGUUUAAGAACAGAAGAGGGAGCGAAGAUGAAGAGACGACGCUAUUCCAGCAAGUGGGCACGACCAUUGGCCCAAGUCUCGUCCACUUCUUGGGCACCAAGAGUCAUAGCGAGGAUCCUAUCCUCAUCCAGAUCGCUUUCCAGACAUAUAUCACUCGGUACCUCUGUUGGCUCUCGACUGCAUGGAUUGCUAGCGGAGGCAAGGAAAGACUUGGCGCAGCUGAUCAGAGUAACACUACCCAAACGGUCACCACAGCAUGGAGUGCACUAUCGCAUAUUCUCUCCAAGCAUCUCCAAUUCGAUGACGCCCAACUUUGUUCCGCAGCCGCAUCCAAAAUCGUAGCCGGGCUCGCUGACAUUUUGCUCGUUGCGGGCUGUGAUGGCACUCGGCUACAGCUUUGUGAUACUUUGAAGCAAAAGUUCAGCGAGAAGAUUUCGCUGCUUGCGAAGUCUGGCAUGCGCAUCAAUAAGCUCAUCAUCAAUAGCAUCGACCGGGGUCUUGACGUCGUGGUAAUCAAACCAGCCACAGUGUUCGAUUCCACGUGCAUGGACGAUGGGUACGAUGACGGUGAACGUGACAAGAAUACUGCGAACAACCGUGUCCUGUGUCCUACUGAUAUCGGGUUGUUGCAGCGUUCCAAGGGACCCAAUGGCGGAGUGAGGAUUCUGUUGAAGCCAAAGAUCGCGCUGGAAUCUGUGGUGGAUAACUUGGACGACUGAGAUUGGGUGUUUCGAAAUUUCCAUGAACGCUGAACGUGAUUUUGUGUACAUCUUUUGUAUAUCGUGACGUACCUACCUCGUGUUUCGAAUAAGUAUUUAUCUGUUUUCAUCAUGGGGUGAGAAAAGGCCCCUGAUUGAAUGUACUACGGGCGCAAGCGGACAUACUUUCU